AUGCCCGCAGACGGCUCAGCAUCGUUUGCAAACACCAACGGCCUUCCUUCCACCCAUGGAAAUUUCGACCUCAUCACCCGCCAUGACCUCGACUACGCUCCUGGCAUGGCGGUCGAAAAGUGGAGAUCACGUAAGACCGGUCUUACCGUCCUCUGGGCCAAUUUUGACUCGCCCCUUCUCAACUGCUACAUGACUCUCGCCUCCGAAAUUUUCGAAGACUCGGGCGUACCACAUACACUCGAGCAUCUCAUCUUCCUCGGCUCCGACCUCUACCCGUUCAAGGGCGUUCUGGACACCUUGGCAAACAGGGCUUUUGCCAGCGGAACCAAUGCCUGGACCGCCAACGACCACACCGCCUACACCCUCACCACCGCCGGCUCCGAUGGCUUUUUGCGCAUGUUGCCUGUCUAUCUCGACCACGUCUUCUUCCCCACACUCACUAACGAAGGCUUCACCACCGAAGUCUACCACAUCAACGGCAAAGGGCAAGAUGCAGGUGUAGUGUUCAGCGAGAUGCAGGGCCGUGAAAACUCGCCAGCGGAUCUCAUGGAGCUCAAGUCGCAGCGAAUGCUCUACCCUGCCUCGUCCGCCUAUCGAUCCGAAACUGGUGGUCUCAUGUCGGCGCUGCGUGUCCUCAACAUUGACAAGAUCCGCGACUACCACCAGCAGUACUACGCGCCCCACAAUGCUGCUCUUGUCGUGUGUGGUCCACUGGCACGCGCCGACCUCCUUGACUCGCUGGCACCCGUCGAGGAGCGACUUGUCACCAAGCGUAAUGCACAGCCCGAGGGUCCCAGAGGCUGGAAGCGCCCCUUCCUCGAGACCGAUUCCGCUGUGCCACCUACCAUCGAUGGGUCCAAGAUCGAACAGCCCGGUCUGGACCCAGCUGAUCCGCCCGCAGAGGGAUCGCAGCCUGACUCGAAGCGUCGUCGUGCCUUCAUCGACUUCCCCGAGAAGGACGAAAGCGUCGGUGAGAUCCAAGUUUCGUGGGUCGGUCCCAAGUUCCAAGACUGGAUGAUGUGCGAAGCCGUCAACAUUCUCAGUACUUACCUCACCGACUCGCCCGUUUCGGCACUCCAAAAGGCCUUUGUCGAGCGCGACGACCCGCUCUGCACCGACGUCUACAUUGGUGCAUCCGACAAGGCCGGUGCCAGUUUGCUGUCUGCAUAUUUCUCAUCCGUCCCCACGGAACAGCUGGACCGCCUGGAUCAGCAGCUCGUCGACUUGCUCUCCAAGAUCGUCGACGAGGGGAUCGACAUGGACAGGAUCCACAUGGUCAUCAAGCGCGACAAGCUCAAGGUUCUCUCUCAGCUCGAGACCAAGCCUGCCGACUCGUUUGCCGAUCUUCUCAUCACCGAUUUCCUGUACGGCAACCGCUCGGGUGAAGACCUUCACACUGCGUUGCAAGAUAUGAAGCGCUACGACGAGCUGCUCACCUGGAAGAACGAACAGUGGACCGAGCUGCUGCAGAAGUUUUUCAUCGACAAUCCUCGACUCGUUGUGAUCGGACGCCCUUCCUCGGCGCUGUCGGACAAGCUCAAGGCGGAUACGAAGGCAUUGGAGGCGGAACGAAGGCAGAAGCUCGGUGAGAGCGGACUCAAGAAGCUCGAGGACAAGCUGGAAGAAGCCAAAAAGGAGAACGACCGCCCCAUCCCCGACGAGAUGCUUCAGCAGUUCAAGAUCCCCAACACAGACAGCAUCAAGUGGAUCCCUGUGGGCACUGCUCAGGCUGCACCGACCACGGCCGGUCAGCAGGCCAAAGGCGAGACGACUGCGUACGGAAUCGCGGUGCAGAACACGGCCGACGACCUCGACAAGAAGGUGCAGGCGCACGUCGACGCCGACCCUGCCUCGCUGCCGUAUUUCGUGCAGUUCGACCACGUCAGCUCGGCCUUUGUCUCGAUUUCGCUCGUGUUUGCCACGACUGAUCUGCCCAAGGAGCUGCGCGCGCAGAUGCAGCUCUACCUCUCUGUGCUUUUUUCGCUCCCCAUCGUCAAGCAGGACGGCUCCAAUGCGGCCUUGACGUACGAGCAGGUCGUCAAGGGCCUGGACGUAGACACGCUCGAAUACGAUGUCUCGCUGGGCAGUGGUGGAUUUGGCGAGCUUGUGUGUGCUGAGCUCAAGCUCGAGCGCGCCAACUACGAAAAGGGCAUUGCUUGGCUGCGGGAUCUGUUCCUCGGGAGUCAGUUUGCAAUCGACAGGCUCAAAGUGUCGAUCAGCAAGAUUAUCCAGAGUCUGCCAGAGCAAAAGAGGAACGGUCGAGCUAUCGCUUCGGCGCUCAGCCGCUCUCUCACGCACGAUGCAGACAAGUCGACCAACUUGGCCAACAGCAUCUUGAACCUGGUCAAGACCAUGCCAGAGUUGCAGGAGGCUCUCAACACCGACCCUCAGAAAGUGGUGGACGACUUUGAGCGUAUCCGAUCCACGCUCGUUCGACCUGAGAAUCUGCGUGUGUCGGUCGCGGGCGACAUCUUGGCGCUGGACCGGCCCAAGAGCGCCUGGUCGCAGCAUUUCACGCGCGACGAGUGGAUGCAGGGUCCGCCCAAGGAGACGCUGCCGGUGCCGUGGAGCAAGGACAUGCUUACGCAGCUGGGCCGUGCGCCGUCGCGCAAGGGACUCAUCACGGCGCUGCCGACCGUGGAGAGCUCGUAUUCGUAUUUCACCACCAAGGGCAUUUCGUCGUACACCCACCCCGACGCACCUGCGCUCGUGACGACCAUCACGAUCCUCAACGCCAUGGAGUCGUACCUGUGGCGCUACAUCCGCGGUGCCGGUCUGGCGUACGGUGCCAACAUUGUGUCGGUCCCCGAAAGCGAAUUGAUCCAUUUCAGCCUGUACCGCUCGCCGGACUCGGCGAAAGCGUUCCUCGAGGCGCGCAAGGUGAUACAGGCGCUUUGUGCCGAGAACGGCAAGAAAGCGGCGGGUGACAGCGGUGAUGCCAAAGCGGACGAGCUGGUGCUCGAGAUCGACUCGACAACGCUCGAGUCGGCCAAGUCGUCUUUGCACUUCAACAUUGCCGAAGCCGAGGGAACCGUGUCCGGCGCUGCGCAGGAGAGCUUCUUCGACCAGGUGUUGAAAGACUCGCCCAAGCAUCGCGGCAAGAUCCUGCUGUCGGCCGUGGCAAACGUCACGCUGGACGACGUCAAGGCCAGCUUGAAGAAGUACAUCUUGCCGCUGUUUGACCCCGAGACCAGUGUAGCCGCGGUUGUGGCACCGCAGUGUAAGGUGGACGAGAUCCAGACGCAGCUCGAGCAAGUCGGGUAUCGCAUGGAGAGGGUUGAGAUUGAUUUGGGCAAGGAUGACGACGACGAGGGCAGCAGUAGUGGGAGCGAAGACGAGAGUGCGAGUGAGGACGAGAGCGGCAGUGACAGCGAGAGCGAGAGCGAGCGUCGGCGCUAG